AUGGGCUCAAGUCUCUACGGUGUCCCCCUCUCGGCCGCAAUGGAGGCCUUUUCAAACAACACAAUAUCAGGUAUUAGAGCUCCACUUACCGUUGAUGAGUCUGAUUUUGAAUAUUCCCCAGUUUCAUCAAAAAGCCGUAGAAAUAGCAUGGCUAGUAGCUAUUACAGUAAUAGUGAGCUCGAUGAGUGCGAGGGUUUUGCAAAUGAGGACAAUCUUGGAAAAACUCACCCAUUUCAUGAACUUGAUUUUUAUGAGCCUUAUGCUGUAAACCCAGGUGAAAAUGGUUUUUCUAGGCCUUUUAUGAGGAACCCAGGUGAGGAAUCUACUCAAGAAAGUAGUCGAUUUGAUAAAAAUUCAAUCUUUAGUGCUUCUGUUGCUGUUGGUAACCCGGACGAAAGAAUUUACAGGGUUAUUAGUAUUGUUAAUGACUCUGAUGAUGAUUCUAAAUCAUUCUUGAGCGACUCGGGUGACGAAUUAGUUGAAAAUGAGAAUUAUGGCUUCAGUGACUGUAGGUCCAGGCCCGUUGUGGCAAUUGCAGAUAAGGAAAAUUUAGCAGGUGGGCUGACCCAAUUUGUGGAUGGUAAAUUCCCAGUGGAGCAGAAGUUGCAUAUUCCGAUUGCCAAGUUAUCCAGAGACAGUGAUGAUGAUGAUUCCCAGGGCAGUGGGGCCUUUGAAGAUGACGGUUUUUUGGGUGUUGUAAGGGUCCCGAGUUUUGAUGUUCUGAGUAGACUUAAUAGUGCCCCUAAAGUUAGAAUGUCGGAGGAUGAUGACGUGGAUGAAUGCGAGUGGCGAGCUGAAAAUAUGGUAGAAAUGGAGUUUGUUAAGGACUUGGUGAUAAGUAAUGAUGUUUUGGGCCCUGAAGACGAAAACGAGCAUACCGAUGUGGAAGAUAUAAAAAACUGUGUUUUAUCGUGUGAGACGGUCCAAGAUGGAGGCCAUGAUGUUAAUGGAGAAGAUAAAGCUAAUUCUUUGGCUGUGAAUAUACCAGAAUCAGAGGAAAAUAGUGAUCUUGUGCAUUUAGAUGGGGAAAUUCCAGAAGUUGGUGUGGCUACUGAUGGGAAAACGUGCAUUUUGGAGGAAAAUCGUUUUUCCAAUAACUAUGUUGAAUGUGAGAAACUCGAAACUGAGAGAAAACCAGAUGUUGAGGUCACAGUUGAUUCCUUUAGCUCGAUUGGUGCCAGCAAAAACCAAUCUCCUAAUCAGUGUGUUGAUGUAAUCAGGAGUGUGCAUGAAUUUCUUGGUACGCUUGAGUCCUUCACAGAAAACGUGCAGGCCAGUAUUUCUGAUGGGCAUUUAGGAGACGAUGGUAGCUCAACUGAAGUUGAUGACAGUCAAUUUGAACUCGAAGUCACCAAAAUGGACCAGGAAUUGGAGAAAGAAGCUGCCUUGGAAGGUGGUAUUGAUACUCUCUCUUUUGAAGAGAUUUUGUUAGAUCAUUCACAAGAGAUUAAUUGCCAGAUUUCUACAGACUUGGAUGAUAGUGCUGCUUUGAAGUCUCAAUCUGUUUAUGGUACAAAAAACUUUUUUCCAGAAAGCGCCUCAUGUAAUUUGGGCUCCAAUUCAGUUUCUUCAAGACCCAAUAUUGAAGAAAGAAAUCCUGAUCUUUUGGUGCUGCCCUCGACUUAUAGUGAACAAGAGGGAAGCUUUAGUGUAGGAGAGAGAAAGAAGAAGCUCGAGAGAAUACAACAGACACGAGUAAAAUACUUGCAACUCGUCCACGGUUUUGGUCGUUCUCCGGAAGAUUCUUUGGCUUCAAACGUUUUGAGACAGCUGUCGAUUGCUGAGGCAAAUUGCUCAUCUCAGGAAGUUUUUCCUGAUCCUUCUAGAAAUGUGGAGAUUGAAGCCCGAGAAAAUGGCAAUUUGGACUUUACACUCUGCAUCCUAGUAAUUGGGAAAACUGGAGUCGGUAAGAGUGCGACUGUGAAUUCAAUUUUCGGUCAAAGUAAGACGAUGGUUAAUGCGUUUGAGCCGUCCACGAGUCGUGUGAUUGAAAUUAACAGUGAGAUUAAUGGUGUCAAAGUCAAGAUUUUUGACACCCCUGGUCUUGGAAUCUCUCCUAUCGACCAAUCUUCCAAUUGGAAAAUUUUGUUGUCGAUUAAGAAAAUAAUGCAAAAAUCCUCACCAGAUGUUGUCCUAUAUGUCGACCGUUUGGACACGCAAUUCAGUUACCUCAACGAUUUGCCCUUACUAAAAUCAGUCACUUUGUGCCUGGGCCUUUCAGUGUGGCAAAAAUCCGUUCUUGUUUUCACCCAUUCAGAUUUAUUGCCUCCAGAUGGGCCUGAUGGGUAUCCCUUAAGCUACAAGGAAUUUGUUGCUGACCAAUCACGGGCAUUUCAACAGCUAGUCAGCCUGUCAGCUGUUGAGAUGAACUGUGAUGAGAUGAUUCCAGCAAGCCUAGUCGAGAACAACCCAUUUGCUGAAAAUAGUGUUAACGGUGAAACUUGGAGAUCAAGGCUGCUAUUUUUUUGUUGCUCGAUGAAGGUUUUAUCGGAACUGAAUUCUGUAGUUAAGAUUCAUAAUACGUUUGACCGUACGAAGUUGCUUUUUGGAUAUAGUUUUUUAGAAUCCUUCAGCCAGAUUCUUACAAGGCCAGUUUUUGAGUUAUCCAAUGAUUGCAUUUAUGAUAACGAUGUGCUCAUUGAUUAUAAUCUCGAAAAUGAAUGCCAUUUGCCAGCUGUAAAAUCUGUUCGGCUUGCUAAGGAUAAAAAGGAAUUCAACAUCCAGUUGCGUUCGUUAGUCUGGAAAAAGGGAUCUGCCAUUUUUGGCAAGAACGAGAGAUUUUCUAACACAGACAAGGGCCGUCUGGACAGGAAGCUGAGUGGAAAGAUUUCUGUAAAGACGAGCUAUUCAGAUCAGCUUCAGAUUGUGGGUUUGGUUUUCUUUCCCCUUGCUAAAGUCUUGUUUGAUAAGAUUUUCAGACAACCGGCCCGUGAUUAG